AUGGUCGGAUUUCGAAAAUCAUCAUCAAGCGGAAGCGCCAAAGCUCUCGACACCCCGAAGAUGAAGGAUGAUACCUUGUCUUCUCAACCACCUUUUUUGUUCAAUGCGGUAGACACUGAUUAUCCCAUUUCCAGGGAAAGAAAUGAAAUGGCGCAACAGGAGGGACAUGAUUUGUUCCCUCGGUUUUCGCAAAGCGAGGCCGAUAGAUGGAGAGUUCAAGACGUUACCGUUCGGAAUUAUCUUUCAAAAACUCCUGUUGAUGAAUUUAGGGAGUUUAAUGAACAUCACAUCGACACUAAUGGCGAGGUCUAUGAUCACAGAAAGUAUGCCGAGGGAAAAUUCAUCGAAAAAGAAAAUGAAAAUGGGGAGAAGCAAAAUAAAAAAGAAAGGGCCCGUCUGACAGUUCUUAACAAUUCUCAAAGCUUGGUCGACAACAUGAAAGCCAGUGAUAGCUACGGGGCCUACCAAUGCAAAGAUUCUAUGAUAAGCCAGAGAGCGUUGAAAUGGUUCAAGGAGAGAUAUCAUAUCAAUGAAAAGGAGAAGGAUAAAGUUAAGGGGGAAAAAAGUGAAGUCUUUCCAAACUUUUUUCACGGUUCCGAGGAUCCUUACAAGGAUCUUGAUGAAUACAAUAUCGAAACGGACGAGGAGAAUGAUAAAAACGAUAAAUCUUGGUACAAGCUGUCAGGCCCUAGCCUCCUAAGAAGGGGGAGAACUAAAGAGGCCGAUGAGCCUCAGGUGUUUCCUUUCUUUGAUCUAACUGCUUCGGGAAAUGUUCCCACCGAGAAAGUAAGCGACGUUAGAGGAAACCCAAACUCCCCCCUUGCGACUGAUAUGAAGGGAGGUAGGGCAAAUGGGUUCAGGGAGGAAAGGAGAGGGUUUAGAUAUAUGGGAGGAUUCAUCCCUGGAGGUAAAGGUCUUAAUAUUGGUAUGCGGAACGGAAAAUGUGUGGCCGGCAAGGAUUUACGGAUGUGGAAAAGCACCCCCCGCAAGCCAGUAGCCAACACUGGUUCCGAUCGACCUUUUCAAACUGAAGUUUCGUAUUCGUUGGAGAGGGAUGGAGAGAUCAUAGAAUCUGAACGAGUGACUGAUAAUAUCUCUGUCAUACACAAGAUGUUCAAGGCGCCUCCUGAAGAACCCAAAUCCAGGAUGUUGGAACCUAUACGUCGAAAGACUGGUACAUUACCGUCCAUGUCUAAAAGAAUUUGGAGUCAAAGUAUGAAUAACGCUGAGCUCAAGAAAGCCGGAAAAGCCAAGGGAUCCGAAAGAGUCAUGGGACUCGCAAAACUCAUGGGACUCGACAAAGCUAAGAUCCUCGAAAAAGCCAAAGAAAUCGAGAGAGUCGAGAAACCGCCAAUGGAACUGACGGACAAUGAGUUGACUUCAUGGCACAGACAAGAAACAUUGCAAUUUUUGGUCGGAGAUAGCCUGGGAGAGGAUGUUGAGGCGAUUCUGCGAAACAGUCCCAAAGGGGGAACGAAAGACCUCGAGAACCAAGUCUAUCGAAUGACAAGCGAUGUUCCCCAUCUGCGCACCUGCUUUAUUGCUAAAGCGAAUUCGGUCAGGUCUGUUAGACCAAUCAUAGAAAAUGACUCGGAAAAAGCAAGACGUGUCAAUAUGGCCCAGGAAAGGGCAACUGAGCUUCAAAGAACAGGGCAUUGCCCUUCUCCAAUCCAAGAAGAGGACGAACAAGGCUCCUUUCAGCCUUGUCGACAUCCGGAGCAGUUUUUCGAACCUAGUUCUUCCAACAACCCCACUGACCAAACUAGCCACUCAUACAACCAUCCUAGUCCAAUGUCAGAAGCUGCACUCGAAGAUUCUUCUCCUUUCGAAGUUCCAGGGCCCUUUUCCAAACCGAGGCCCUCCCCUCUUAGAAAUAAAUCUAUUGACGAAAUGAUCAACUCAGAAGAACGUGGUCUUCCAGUGCUAGAACACACUACCAAAGAAUCCCCUCCAACACGUCGUCAUCUAAAACGUUUUGGCACACCCAUUUCCCCCACUGGAAAAGGGACGGACUCACAAAGCAACCUUGUUCCCAAAGAACAGGCCAACCCCGAGACCUCCACGUCAACGCAAACCAAAAAACUCCAUCGAUUGGUCAAAAGCGAUUCCCUGCGCCAAAAGUUUAUGAAAGGUUUUGAGAAAUGA